CAAAACAAAUCGCAAGUGAGAUUGUUGUUAUAGUCAUCGAUGUUGUGGAAGAGUCAUCGCUACCAAUCUAGCGUUGUUAAAAUCCGCGAUUACAGCAGCAACUGCUUGUAAUAUAUAUUAAAAUCAGCUGAAGGGAUGGAAGUGAUUGAGUCGAUAGUUACGGACGGGAUUGAGGUGGAAGAGUCAACAGCCACGGUUUCGACAUUGGACUCGGAAAAGUCGAAAACAGAGUUUGUCUGGACCUUGCAAGCCACAUGGCACCUGGUUCGUGUUCGUCUGGACAUGGACCACGAGUUUGACCAGCCCGUAUGCAAAAAGAAGAAGUUGUGGGAGACGGUGGCUGAGAGAGUGACCACCAGAUUAAGAGCCGAGGGCUACCAGGACGUCGCAGUGAAGGCUUUCGAAUGUGACCUCAAGUGGAGAAACAUGCUGGCAACCUACAGGAAAAAUGCUGAACGGGCCAAGCGGCUCGGAACCCACAGCGUGCACUGGGAGUUCUUCAAGACCAUGCAUGAAGUGCUGGGCCGGAGCUACGAGGAGAUCGAUGCUCAGCGCAGAGCCAAGCUGAGCGGCACCAAGGUGGGCAAAACCAUGGCCAGUAAACGCUACACACCGAUAUUACCCACACCUCCUCUCACAGCCACAGCAGUCCCUCCUAGCAGACCCCCUCAGGAUGUCCUGCAGUUGUAUCUGGAGCUGCAGGAGAGAAAGCUGAACAUGUGGGCCCAGCAGAAGGCUCUGGAGGAGAGGAAGAUCGAGGCCAUUAAUAAUCUGGCCAGAGCCAUCAGCAGCCUGGCACAGGACAGUACUGACAGAGGACAGAUGCCCAAAGAGCCCACAGUCUCUGACCCUCUCUCUUCACUUUCUUCUCAACAUUAAAAGACCCAUAGUCUA